CCGGUUGUCAAAUGUAAGAUUAUAAUGUCACUGUCAUUUAAUUUGCUUACCUACAAAUGCGCGUCCCACCACCAGAGUCGUGUUUAUAUGUGAUAAAAUAUAAUAAAGUUUACCAACAAACAUUAAUACAAUGGAAGAUGAUAAUCAGGAGGGCCCAUGUACCGUGUGGCAAAUGUUUAACUCUCCCACUAUGGUUUUGUUCAACAACUUGGAACAUGCCGCCGAUGGCUUAGAAAGAUUAUUAACUUCAAUUUUGAAACUAUCUGGUGAUCUCUCUGAAGUACUAGUUCCUCGGGCUGGGUCAUCCAAAUACCCGGACUCUUAUUAUCAGGCAUUUAACACAUGGCUAGUGGGCAGAUUGUUUUAUGUUUGGUCUGUUAAAGAAUUGAACAGGAUACACUCAACAAGCAAAGAUGCCCAACUUAAAAUAUUAAACAUACUAUGCAUGAAUGCAGCAUCAUUUUAUAAUAAUCUUCAUUCGGAGUAUGUUACUGUAGUAAUUAAACUGGUUCAGUAUUAUAAAGAAUAUGUAAAUGACCAGACUAAAGAGAUAACACUACAGAAUUUCAAAUCUGAACAAAUUGACAUUCCCAAUGUACAACUGAAUUUAGAACCUAUUUUUGUAACUGUAAAGGAUUUACAAACAUGCAAGACAUUAAUAGAUUUAACACUCCAACUGCUGGCAGAAACUUUAGCUACAAACUCUGUUUACAUCUACAAUCAUAAAAUAGAAUUUUAUAAGUUAUUCAGUGAAGUAUUAUACAUGCUUGAACACUUUAGUGUUGAUUUGAAGUAUGUAUCAUUAAAAUUUUUCAUUGAUUUGAUAGUCAACUAUUCACAAAUAGGCAUUUGUAAAUUUAAUAUAUGCUUUCCAUUUGUUUAUCUCGACUUACUAUAUUCCAUCCAGGCGAUGGUUAAGUCAAUAAACAUAUUUUAUGAGAAAAAUGAAGUUAAUGCAAUGUACUUGGAAGACUUUAAUAAACUAAUGUUAAGAUUUAUGAAAAUGAAUGAAGAAUGUCCUGAUAGGGAAAAUAAGAACAUUAUUUUAGACAUAAGCACAGUGAUUUUGAAAACCAAAGAUAAUAAAAUAUUUAAUAGAGAAUUAAAGCUCCAAUGUUUGGCUUUGAACAAAUACAUUGAUUUUCCUAAAGAUAUGAUUGAUGUCUCAAGUAUGGAUUCUGUUGAAAUUGAUGUAUUAAGACACUGCUACAGCAAAAACAUACUAUUACAUAUUGAAGCUAAUAUGCAGGGAAGCAAGCCUCUGUUGCAUGAAAAUUGGUAUUACCAACAAAUAUUAGAAGUAAUAAGGGGAUUAAACACAUGCAAUUAUAAUAGACUAGAUAACUAUUUAAUAGGCUACCACUUGAAGAGGAGUCUAUCUGGCCUGGCAGUAUUACAACAAGUUUUAAUACAAUGUCAAAAUUUAAAAGACAAUUCAAACACCAGUCUAAUCUCAAGACAGGAUAUCCAUACAAUUUGGGAAUCUUUACUUAAGUUUCUAGAACACCAUAGAAGUUUGGUUCUAAGAGACAGUGAUUGUAUGAAAUGUAUUAUGGACAUAGUUUUGUCUACUGUCGUCCUUGAAAAACUAACCCAAGAUGAAUGUUACAAACUCCUGCAACUAAUAUGCUUGCAAACUACACAACAUUUUUCUGAACCGAAUUUGAGUUUUCCAGAUAAUGUUAGAGCAAUCAUUCUUAAGUACUUGCUACUUUCUAGAAUUAUUAUAAAAACGAAUUUAAGUGACGUCUGGUUGAGAAUCAUUUCUAAUUUAUUCAAUGGUUUAAUGAAGAACAAGAAUGUUUACAUGUACAGAGAAAUUGUACCGCUGUGCCCACUUUUGAUAUUAAAUAAGAUAAUUUCUGCUAGUAAAUCAAUUGGUGAUAUACUGAUGCCUGCAUUUAUGACAAAAGACUGUGAUGUACAAAAGGAAAUUACACAUGUUGUACCAGCACUGGCGUGUAUGUCCUUAGGAUCUUAUGAAAUUGUUAUAAGCUCUCCUAAAUAUUAUGGUGCUGGCCAAGCUCUUUUUACAAAUUCGAUUAUAGAGCUGUUGAUAAUAUGUUCCAAGUGCCAUAAGGAUUCAGGCAAUUCUGCAGAUGUCUCCCAACAUAAGAUUGAAAUACAUACAGAACACAAUACUACCAAUCCAAAUCAACAUUCCACUAUACUUGGGCUCAAGAACUUAUUUGCAAAGUUUUUAAAUUGGAAACAGUAUACUGAUUGGGAAAAUAGUGGAUAUUGGGACAUGUUUACAAGGUUGUGCCAUCACUAUUACGUGCCUAACUAUAGAGCGCCAACAGAUAUUUUAAGCGAAAAUAAUGCACAAUAUGUUUUAAAAGCUUUUAGGCCAUUUAUUGUUAGUAAGUCGGUUGAAGAAGACACUGAAUGGAACUCUAACAGAGAUUCAGCUCUAAACAUAUGUGUCAAGCUACUUGUAAACCUAACAAGAUCGAGUUUAGAAAACAAUUAUUACAAUCAACAAACAACCACAUUGAACCUCAUAAAAGAUUUAGGACUAUGUUCCAAUGAAAAAGUGAUUUUGCCAGUGACAAAGUUGUUUGUGUAUUUCAUUAUGCAUCCACAGUGUUCACUUGGCCCAAAGGCAAUUGUAAGCCUCAGAGAUGUUUGCGAGUACCAAGACUAUACUCCAAAUCAGGUUUACCAUAGAUACAAGAAGGACUAUUGUAAACUUUUUGUUGAAUGCAGUUUGUACAGUGGAAAGGACUUUGCUAUUUCUCUUCUGAAAGUGGUCAGAGCUUUUGGCUUUGUUGGGUACAGAGAUUUCAUUUCAAAGGAUGUACACCACUUUUUACCAUAUUUGAUACCAUAUUCCGUAACUAUUAAAGAGGUACCAUCCAUGAUCGAAGAGAUAGCCUCAUUAGUACAGUUCUCAGUGUCUGAUUUUCUAAUCGAAAGGUUCCCGCACACGUAUGUUCACAUUUACUUAAAUGAAAACAAAGACGUUCUGAAAAAGUGCCUUGAGUUAAUCGAAAGACUUACGAAAACGCCAGUACUGAAUUUAGUGAAGAAACACUACAGGGUCAUCCUGACAGAAUUUCUCUUGCAGUAUUGUACUGAUUCCGAAAAAGUUUUGAAUGCUUGUCGAUAUCUGGCCUGUCAUGACCCUGAGGCAACAUCACAGACAGGAAGCAUGACUAUGAGCACUUCACAAAUAGCUGACUUUUUAAAUCCUAAAUUCUUGGGGGUUUUGGCAUACUUUGACCACAAACUCGUCAACGCCAAAGUAGCUUUGUCGGUAAAAAGAAAAGCUCUAAAAAGUUUUCCUGAUAUAAUACAGCUGAUGGGAGUCAAAUAUUUAACUCCUCUUCGGUUUAAAGUUUUAGCUACGCUUCGAUCCGCACUGUCGUUAGCAAAAGAAUUUCCGACAAUCUUGGCAGAGGCAUGGGGUGCCUUCAUACAUAACAUUGAUACAAUGUCUCUUGGGCCUCUUAUGUCUAAUUUGGCAGUAUCACUGUUGCAACAGUUAGAUUAUGCACCUCAAGAAAUAAACAAGAUUUUUCAUUACCUUGUUUUGAGUAACGAGAAUUUGUUGAGUUCACACAUAUCAGAUCUGUUCUUUUUGGAAGACACGAAAAUUUCUGAGAAAAUUAAAAUGGUUAUCAAGAGGCACGUAAAGAGAACACAACCUGAUGGGUUUUUAGAUAAAAUCAAGUGGUAUUUGCAGCAUUUGAACCAGGACAUACCUAGUAUUAAAGCGUAUGCUUUUUCCCACUUGGAUAAGCUAUUGAAGAGCAAUAGAACUGAGAUACAUAAAGCAAUAUUUGGCGGGAAAACAAUAGAUCCUAUUAUCGUGGAACUCAUUGAUUCAUUGCUGUUAGGUUGCAAGGACCCUGACUCUGAAGUGAGUCUGUCGAGCGGGGCUUGCCUCGGUCAGCUGGGAGCCAUCGAGGCGGGCCACCUCCCGCGCCAGUACGUGCAGCCGGACCGCUCGCCGUUCGCCUUCUCCAUAAGCGACGACUGCUUCGCUGCCACCGCACUUGUGGAACUUUCUAGAGCCUUCCAGUAUGAAAAGGAUACCACAAAUAUGGAUUGCUAUGCCUUAACAAUUCAAGAGAUAUUAAAGAUUUAUGACAUAUCGCCAACCGGCAGUAAGAAGGAUGUAUGGGAGAGUUUUCCGGAACACAUGCAUCAGAUCAUGCACCCAUUAUUAAGUUCCAGAUAUACAUUAGCGUAUCCAUCUCAACCGAAAAAAGCGCAUCCAUUAUUUGGUUCUACUUACGCCACAACUUUUUUGGAAUGGGCUCACAAUUGGGCCGGUCAACUGAUUCCUUUAAUAGAGUCAGAAAAUAUUCGGGACCUUUUGCGCACCGUGCAUCCGAGCAUGCGUCGUGACGUCAGAACCCUGUUUUUGUUUCUUCCCUACGUAUUGUUGCACGCUGUUAAAUCAAAGAACAAUGCUCAAUACAUUCAAGAAGAAAUUAUAGCCGUGAUAGGACUAGAGAACUUUGAGACAGAAAAUGCAGUUACUACAGAAAGGUAUAAAUAUAAAAUGCUGCGGCAUAUUAGAAUGACUCCUAGUAUUCACUCUGUGCAAGCUGAAGAAGGGAAUCAGAGCAAAUGCAGUAAAACCAUAUAUACCCUACUAGACUUCUUAAAUAGAUGGCUUUUGGAGUGGUUCAACUCUAAGAGCCGACCAUUGGAGAACGAAAAUUACAAUGCAAUAUCAUCGUUCUUGAACAAAUUCGAUAAGCUGACGAUAGCUCGUGGGAACUUCGCUUGCGGUGAACUCGAGAGGGCGCUACAAUACCUUGAACUAUACAUGGAGGAACGGCCGGAUAAGUUUCAAGAACAGCUUUCUUUCUUGGCUGAGAUCUACGCUUUGUUGGACGAACCUGAUUCAGUGGCCGGUAUACUGUCGAUCAAGAGGACGGAGCCAUCUUUGAAGGAGCUGAUCUUAGGUCACGUGGUAACAGGACGGCUGCAGGAUGCCGCGAUGUGCUACGAGCGUUUGGCCCGAGAGGCACACUUGGAUAGGCACAGCUUACAAGGCAUGGUUGAUUGCUACCUCGGUCUCGAUCAGCCGUAUUUUGCGCUCAGAUUAGUGAGUGAUCAUAAGUAUGAAGAAGACAUGCUGGAGUUGUCAGCUGAACCGUUGUGGCGGUUAGGACAGUUCGACGAUCUUGAAGAGCUCUGCAAAAAGAAUAUUCCACAGUCCAAAGAAAACUGGGGUCUACUUAUGGGCCGGACAUUGCUGGCAUAUCGCAAUCAAAACCAUGACGCCUUUAUGUUGUCCUGUCAAGAUACAACAAGCAGACUGCUAGCUCAAAUGGACGGUGAAAGCAAAGGCGAGAAUGCUUUGCGUAGCGGGUACCAAAGUGUUCUUGGACUCCAUAUAAUAGCAGAGACUAAACAUGCUCAAGAAGUGUUCCAAAGACUUAAAGAACAGAGAGAUGGCGAUCAUCAGAGUUCUGUGAUCGUCAAUCAGCUGCUAGACGAGUGGCGCCGGCGGCUGUCAGUAGUGCAGUCAGAUGUGAGGACCAUAGAGCCCUUACUGAGGCUCCGACGAAUACUGCUGCACGAGGCUCAGCAACAAUUACAACCAUCGCACCCUCUAACGGCAAAUCGGUUGAAAUCAUGUGUUGGAGAUCUUUGGUUACAAAGCGCAAAACAGGCGAGGAAAGCUGGAAUAUUUGAACAGUCAUACAUGUACAUACUAAACGCGGAGGAAUACCAACCAGAAGAAUUGUUCAUAGAGAAAUCCAAGAUGUACUGGGCGCGAGACCAUUACGAACAAGCGUUCACUACGCUAAGGCGAGGAUUGGAUGAUACUUACCCUGCCUUUGAGCAGCUCAGUAAUGAUCAGAGGAAAAUAUGUGCUAAAGCCAAAUUGCUUAUAGCUAAGUACAAUGAUGAAACUAGAAAUGUGGAUGUGGAUGUCAAUAUUGGAUACUACAAAGAAUCUGUGGAAGUUUUUAAACAAUGGGAAAAGAGUUUGGUAUGCCUGGGCGCGUACUACGAGAAGGUCAGCCGCGGCGACGGCAGCAGCGACAGCACGACGUGGGCGCGGCGCCUGCUCGCGCUCGGCAGCUACGGCCGCGCGCUGCAGUACGGACACACCUGCCUCUACCAGACCAUGCCCAGGAUGCUGUCCAUAUGGUUGGACGUUGAAGUAACAUCAACAGACACUAGCGCCCACUCCGUUCUGGCGCAAAUGACGGAAAUCAUCAAAACAUACUCGGAGAGACUACCUCUCUAUCUGUAUCUCACAGCUUUCUCACAAAUUGUAUCCAGAAUCUGUCAUCCAGUUAAAGAGGUAUACCUACAACUGAAAGCUAUAAUUGUAAAACUGAUACUGGCCUACCCUCAGCACACGCUAUGGAUGAUGAUGUGUGUGAUCAAGUCUAGUUACGCGCAACGUAUCAAGCGCUGCGCCGACGUGUUCGCCGACCCUCGGCUCAAGGAACCACAUAUACUGAAGUUAAUAGGGGACUUCACGCAACUCGCUGAGAAGUUAAUUGAGUUAUGUAAUAAACCUAUUGCUGGCUCGGCAUCGACUACGACGGUAUCAACUUUAGUUCGAAGCUUGCCCCGCUUGCUGGCCGGCGACAACUUCAGCCACAUAAUGAUGCCUUUCCAAGAGUUCUGCAAGAUAGUGCUCCCAUCUAAGGCCGCUCGACAAGAAUGCAUCGACUUCAACAUACCAACUGAACCGCCAGUCUAUAUCGCUGGUAUUGAAGAAAAUAUCAGCAUUUUGCCAUCCUUGCAGAAGCCCAGGAAAGUUACUUUAAAAGGUUCUGAUGGCAAAUCUUAUAUAAUAAUGUUAAAGCCGCGCGACGAUCUCCGCAAGGAUUAUCGCCUGAUGGAGUUCAAUGCGGUUGUGAACCGUUUCCUGCAAGACGCGCCCGAGACUCGGCGCCGCAGACUGUACAUCCGUACUUACAGCGUGCUGCCUCUCAACGAGGAAUGCGGCCUGAUCGAGUGGGUGCCCAACCUGGUCGGCCUUAGACCUAUACUCAUGCAUAUUUAUAAGCAAAAAGGUAUUCAUACGAGUAAUCGUGAAUUGAAAGAGAUGAUGUGUGCUAAUAAGGAUCCGGUUGAGAAGAAGAAGCGUAUUUAUGAGAGGCAGCUGCUGCCGCGUCAUCCGCCUGUGUUCCAGGAGUGGUUCCGAAGAGUUUUCUCGGAUCCAUACGGAUGGUAUCAGGCUAGAUCAGCGUACAUAAGAACUACUGCGGUUAUGUCAAUGGUUGGAUACAUAUUAGGUCUAGGUGACCGUCACGGUGAGAACAUAUCCUUUGACUCGACUAACGGCGACACAGUCCACGUGGACUUCAACUGCCUCUUUAACAAGGGCGAAGCGUUCGAGUGGCCGGAGCGAGUGCCUUUCCGUUUGACGCACAACAUGGAGGCUGCUAUGGGACCGCUCAAACACGAAGGAAUGUAUAGAAAAAGUUGUGAAGCAGUGAUGCGAGCUCUCCGAGCUCAAACAGCAGCGUUGAUGUCUGUGAUCGAGCCGUUUGUGUACGACCCGCUGGUGUCGUGGGGGCGGGUGCGGCCCGUCGACUGCGGCGAGCGGACCAACGAGCAAGCCAUGCAGCAUCUCUUACAUAUCAAACAACGACUUAAUGGAAUGGUACGAACAAAGAAUAAGCAGUUAUCAUUGUCUUUGUCUCCUGAAGGGCAAGUAGAACACUUGAUUGUGGAAGCUACCAGUGUUCAAAAUCUUUGCCAAAUGUACAUCGGGUGGGGGCCAUUCUUAUAAAUAGAAGAUAUUUUGUGACAUCUAUAGUAUACUUUUGAUAUUAAUAAUUUCUCUGAUUAUCUCUACUUACUACUUAUACCAAAAACUUUGAUUAAGUAAAGAUUUUUGUACCUUUGGA